GCCUCCAAUUCAUGCCUGCAUUUACAGUUAUUCCGCGAUCAGGUGCCUCUACUCUCAAUUUUUAUUUUCGAAAUAUAAAAACUUACAGUUAUCCCGCGAUCGCCGAUUGCCAGCGUAUCCUUUCUCCGCCUUGCACACUUUUACCACUCAAUUCCAUUUUACAGCUACUCAACAAGCAUGUCGUCGAUGGAAAAUGAGAAUAUGGCAUUUUUAAUGGAGGCGGGAGUUCUGCCUCGGCUCGUGGACGUUUUGAAGCAGUUAAUGAACAUCGAGCCGCAGCCAGUGGAUCCUUUGAUGUACUUGCUCAAACAGCUGGACUGCCCCCUCAUUCCGCAGGCCCAAAUGAAGGCCCUGGAGCGCAAGGUGACGCGCGCCCACGACGAGUUGCGUUACUUGCGCAACCUUCUAAUAGAUCUGGGCGCCGACGAGGAGCUGUAUGACAGCGAGACGGACGAAGAGGAGUAUGUGGGCUGCGUUGAGGGUCAGAUUUGUGACCCAAACGACUUGGAGGAGUAUGGCUAUGGGGAGGAAGAGGCGGACAAUGAAAAUGACGAUGACGAGGACAAGCCUGAUGGCAUCAAGGCCGAAGCAAGCUCAUUCGAAUCGCAACAAUCGCAGCAGCCGCAGCUUUACAUUGUUCGGGCCGCUGUGGGGAUGGCUCCUGUCGAUCAGGAUGAACGGGCUGGCACCUGCGAGCAGCCCUGCUCCAGCCGUUCCAUCUGCCACGACUCACAGUAGUUUCUUAUUCAACUAAUUCCUACAAUUUUAUGUACACGUACAUAACUGUUUCAACGCAUGUGGUGUGUGCACUCUUCGUAUUUUUUCCAAUCGUGUUUAGUGAAUGCAUUUUGUUACCCUUUUAUGGAGGAUUAUCAAUAAACUCAACACCUGGUCGGUUGCAUCCAUAGAGUGUAGUAGAGUGGUUGCCACCCGUUUUUGCCAUGUAA